AUGGCCGACUGCGCGCACCUGCUCCUCCGCGGCACCCUGCCCACGCGUAAGCAGCGGCGGGAUUUCCAGCGGGAGGUGCGCGGGCACAGGCUGGUCCACGAGCACCUCAUCCGAUUCUUCCAGGGAUUUAACCACGACGCGCACCCCAUGGCCAUCCUCGUCUCCGUCGUCGGUGCCCUCAGCGCCUUCUACAACGACGACCACGACUACAGGGACCCGGCCAAGCGCGAUCUCGCGGGGAUGCGGUGCGUGGGGAAGAUGGCGACGCUCGCCGCGUACUCGUACAAGACGGCGCACGGGCAACCCAUCGUGUACCCCAGAGACGAUUUGAACCUCGCGCAGAAUUUCAUGUACAUGAUGUUCGCGCUGCCCACCCGACCGUACGACCUCGAUCCCGUGGCGUGUCGGUGCCUCGAGGUCAUCCUGAUGCUCCACGCGGACCACGAGCAGAACGCGAGCACCAGCACGGUGCGAAUCGCGGGAUCCUCGCAGGCGAAUCCCUUCGCGUGCGUCGCCGCCGGGGUUGCUUCGCUGUGGGGACCGGCGCACGGCGGAGCCAACGAAGCCGUGCUCGCGAUGCUCGAGGAGAUUGGGACGGUGGACCGGAUCCCCAAGUGCGUGGCCCGCGCCAAGAGCAAGACGGAUCCGUUCCGUCUGAUGGGGUUCGGGCACAGGGUGUACAAGCAGAUGGACCCGCGCGCGCGCUUGAUGCGGGACAUGUGCCACAAGCUGCUCGACCACCUCAAGAUUAAGGAUCCGCUGCUCGAUUUGGCGAUGGAGCUUGAGAAGGUUGCGCUGUCCGACGAUUACUUCAUCUCCAGGAAGCUCUACCCGAACGUGGACUUCUACAGCGGAAUAUGCUUCAGGGCGCUUGGUAUCCCGAGGGAGAUGUUCACGGUGAUCUUCGCCGUGGGGCGGAGCGUGGGAUGGAUAGCGCAGUGGAUCGAGAUGGCGGGCGAGGAGGUGUCGCGGAUCUCGCGGCCGCGGCAGAUGUACGAGGGUGCACCGGAGAGGCCCUUCGUUCCCCUCAGCGAACGCAGACGCGAGGACGGAGAUGAGGAGACCGACGACAGCCGCCCCGACAGCGCGGACGACUUGCAUCAUCUGGGGAGGAUGCUGAGCGUUAGGAUUGCCAACUCGCACGGCGCGUAG